GGACGAGUAUAUCCUCCGUAUAUCUCUCUCUCUCCUCCAAUCAUAACCAUUUUAGGCAUUUUCUAUAUAAAUCUUUCUCUCUCUAGGUUCAUACGUGAGCCAUGGAUGCUCGAGGGAACCAGAAAUAUGCUCGAAGAGACUCCAAAUCCAGAUCCAUGGCGGCGGCGGCGGUGAGACAGCCCUUCGCCGACCUCUCCAACUUCAAUCUCACGCCAAUCGAGACUCUUUGCAAACUCUGCUGCCCCACCGCGACUGUCACCACUACUACUACCUCCGGCGCCUCCUCCGCCGGGACCUCCUACUCCAACAUCGACUCCGCCGUUCUGAAACCCCCCUCUUCUGUUUCCCAAUCGGAUUCCAAAUCCUCGAAACCCUACCUUGAGAAUUCAACUGAUGCUAAAUCCGAUACCAGUGUCGGAUCCUCCUCUUUCGUCCGACUUCAGGAAACCAGAAAGUUUGGCUUCCCUCCACUCUCCCGCUCCUCACUUAACACUUCAGCUUCUGCAGAUGGUAAACUUGGAGUUAAUGGUCAAAGAAAGACCCCUACAAAAUCUAAUUGGGAAAAACAAGCUACAGUUCUUCCAUGUUCCACUCUUCGUGAAAGUAAAAAGGGGAAAGGGCAGGCAAUUUCUGAUCUCGAUAUUUGCUUUCCUUAUGGAAGUAAUAAGGAGAACGAAGAGCUUAUUGGAACAGGUAACAGGGAUAAAGGGAAAGAAAUAGUCGAGAAUGAUGAUUUUCUGACUGCCAAGAAUAAGCAAGAUAGGGGGAAGGAAGCGAUUGAGGGUGUAAGUUCCCCACCUCCUAAGAACAACAAGAAUAGAGUUACUGCAAGUUUGGCCAUUAACAGUCCUCUUGAGAAUACAAAUAAAGAGAAAGAUAAUUUGCAUCAUGUUAGCCUACUGUCAACUGCGCCAAAGAAAAAUAGGGGUAUGGAAAGUUUUGGUUCUCUCAGUUCCCCACCUUCCAAGGUUAAGAGGGGAGGAAAGGCAACUGUGGACGAUGGCUGUAUACUUGAUGAAGUAAUGGCUGAAAAAGUAUCUGGUCUGCCGUUGAAAAGGUCACCUCCAAGAAAGAUUAGGGGAAGAAAAAAGCCCCACAGAUUUGUUUUUAGUUGUCCUCCUUUGACAAGAACAAAGAAUACAAGUGUCUCUGAGGCUGGGGAUGCUGAGUCAUUUGGAUCGAUGACUGAUCCCAAUAAAAAGUUUGCCAAGAAGAGGCGAUCAGAGGAGCAGCCUUUCACAGAAUUUGUGUUGCCAAAAGACUUUGUGGAGAAGCAGAGGGCUUAUUUUAAAGAGAUCGAUGAUUUCGAGCUGGAAGUGGAAGAAGCAUCAGAGUGAUAUUUUACCAUAAGAAGAUCAUGUAACACACAAAUUCUGUAGGUGGUAUAAUCUAACAGGUAUGACCGACCCUUCCUGUAUAGUACAGUGGCUAUAGAAGUCGGAAGGUGAUUGGGUAGAAAAUUACUAUCAAAGACAAGAUGGCAGGGGUGUUCUUGUGUAUAGGGUUGUUACUGCGUUUUAUGACCUCAAAAAUUGAAAUCAGUCUGACUUCCCACUGCCGUGGUUUUAUGUGCACAAGAAAAGUGGCAAAUGUGUGUCUCUGUUUAUUGUGGAUUGAUAAAUAAUUAGUGCUAUUUACUAAAAAGGAUUUCCAUUUUCUAGGAGUCUUUAUUGGUAAAGACUUGAGAGGGCAAGAAGUUUUUAACUAAUCUAAGGAAUGGACAGACAUAGGCCAAAACGUCUAGAUGUAACUCAGGUUACACAAAUUUGAGACGUGGUUUUAGUUCCCGUACAAAUCCAUAAUGAUCAUUUUAAUGUUCUGCCACAUUUGAUCAUUUUAGUCAUCGAGUUCAUGUUGUGGAAUGAUACGACAACAAUUUAAUCUAUAUAUCUAUGUGGCGUAAUGAGUAAUGGUGUGUCAAAUGUAUCUUACAACGGUAAAAUAUGCGAGAAUAUAUCGAGUUGGGAGUC